AUGGCCGAUUCGCUUGAAGUGAGUUGAAUCAUGCUUUGUUUCACAAUUUCUAUGUUCAUUUCCAGCCGACCUCGUCUUUAGUGGCUCAUUCGCAGGACCCCGCUCAGUUGCCCGUCCCCGUUCGCCCUUCUCGUCCUUUGAAAGACGCUCGUUCUCUGGCGGCCUUUUUGCAGAACCCGGUCCGUGGUUCGGAGGCCCAGUCUUCGGGUCCCGUUCGCCCCCCGCGUCCACUGAAAGAGCAGAGCCGUAAGAAGAAGGUGAGAAUCGAAGAGUUGUGAUGUGUGUUUGGGCUUGUUAGAAGGGGGGCAUCACCUGCUUAAUUUUUAUAAAUGCUGAAAGGGCUGUACCAAUAUUACUUGUUUCAGGACUGCGGCCUGUCUGACCAGUGUUCUUCCUCGUCUUCGACGGUCCACGACGCCUCGCACAACAACGCAGACGCCACCGCUCACGAGGGUGAUGACAAGCAGAUCUCGGAGGUAACUUAUUUUCUCCUUCACCGCAGCAUUACCUGGGUAGAAUCCUCGGCAACUUUAAGAUAAGGCGAAAAAGCAUGCCAUUCUGUUGUACCCACAAUACUGCUUCAGCAAAAUUCCAAUCAACUUACCUAAUUUCUCUUUUUUCAAGUCAUCGCCAACCGGAUCGACUCAAUCGACUUCGUCGGAUGCGAAAGCCGCUCACUCUUCCUGA